AUGACAAAGUUCUACCAGCACAUCUUGUCAUUGGCAUUUGCUGUCAACGAGAUCAACGAGAUUCCCAAGAUCUUACUGAAUGCCACACUUGGAUUCCACAUCUAUGACAGCUACAACAAUGCACGGAUGACCUAUCGUACCACCCUGGAUCUUCUCUUCAAAUCUCAUCGAUUUGUCCCCAACUAUGAAUGUAAUACCCACAAAAAAAUAAUCGCUGUCAUUGGGGCACUGGCCUCCGUGACUUCAUUCCGUAUGGCACACAUCUUAAGUCUCUACAAGAUUCCACAUCUCCACCCAUUUCUUCAAGGCAUUUCAUUUAACAACUCAGCCGGAGAAAGAAUCUCUUUGAAUGCUAACAGGGAAAUGGAAGGUGGAUUUGAUAUAAUGAACUUGGUUACAUUUCCAAAUAAGUCCUAUCUUAAAGUGAAAGUUGGACAGGUUCUGCCAACUUCUGUUUGUACAGAUUCCUGCCAGCCUGGAAAUUGGAAGAGAAAGGUGGAAGGGCAGAAGUUUUGUUGCUAUGAUUGUAUUCCAUGUCCAAAAGGGAAGAUUUCAAACCAAACCGACACUGAUGACUGUUCUGAAUGCUCAAAAGAUCUGUACCCAAAUAAGGACCGAAAUGAAUGCAUCCCAAAAGUCAUCAGCUUUCUGUCCUAUGAAGACCCCUUAGGGAAAAAUUUAGCUUCUGUUGCUGUUUCUUUUUCCUUGAUCACAGUCUUGGUGCUGCAAACCUUUAUUAAGCACAGAGAUACCCCAAUAGUCAAAGCCAACAAUCGGGGCCUCACCUACACUCUCCUCAUAUCUCUCCUGCUCUGCUUCCUCUCUUCCUUCCUAUUCAUUGGCCAACCUGGGAAACUGAACUGCUUUCUCCAACAACCAGCGUUCGGUUUGAUCUUCUCCGUAGCUGUUUCUAGUGUGUUGGCCAAAACCAUUACUGUAGUUGUAGCUUUCAUGGCCACUAAGCCAGGUUCUAAUAUGAGAAAGUGGGUGGGAAAAAGACUGGCCACCUCCAUUGUCCUGUCUUGCUCCCUCGUUCAAGCUGCCAUUUGUGUUGCAUGGCUCACAACCUCUCCCCCAUUCCCAGAUUUAGACAUGCAUUCAGUCCCUGAAGAAAUCACUGUGCAAUGUCAUGUAGACUCUGCCAUCAUGUUUUAUCUGGUCCUGGGCUACAUGGCACUUCUGUCCAUCAUCAGCUUCUCUGUGGCUUUCUUAGCCAGGAAUUUGCCAGAUACCUUUAAUGAAUCCAAGUUUAUCACCUUCAGUAUGCUGAUGUUCUGCAGUGUUUGGUUGACUUUUGUUCCAGCCUACCUGAGCACCAAGGGGAAAUAUAUGGUAGCAGUGGAGAUCUUCUCCAUCUUAGCUUCCAGUGCUGCGUUGUUAGGCUGUAUCUUUUUCCCAAAAUGUUACAUUCUUCUCUUCAAGCCUGACAUGAACAACAGGCAGCUGAUAAUGGGGAGGAAGAAUUGA